GUUAGUCGUAGGCAAACAGUUCCGUUAGGAUCAUGGCAGAAGUACGCCUUUAUGAUUCAACAAUUUGUCGAUUAUGUGCGGAAGAUAACGGCAAUGGAGAGUUACUUUACAUGGAUGAUACCGAAGAUCCAGAUUUGAGUUCUAUGGUCAAUCGGUACUUGCCACUCAAGAUUCGAGAUGAUGGUAAGCUACCACGAACCAUAUGCCCUGGUUGCAAUAUACAACUGGAGGCAACGAUACAGUUCUUCGAGUUAUUGGUGGAUGGUCAAAGGAAAAUUCGUGAGUUGUGGAAGCAUCAAGUAGAACAACAACGUAAAGUCGAACGAGAGCGGCUUCGUGUUGAAAAAGAAACAGAAGGCAUGGCAGAAUCAUCGGAGUUAGAUAACGUUUCUCAAUACAACGAGGAAGAUCAAUUUGAACAACAAAUUAUAAUAAAAAUAAUGCCAGAUGGUUCUAUGUACGCGGCCGAACAUGAAAUGAGUUUGCAAAUGGAAGGAUUGAAUAAACCGAAACGAAAGAGAGGGCGUCCGCCAAAAUCUCAUGCAGAAAGCAUGUCUAUGGAUUUAGGGAGAGGAGAAGUAAUGGAAGGGAUUAGUCAAGAAGAAGAAGAUAAACAAGAGGAAGAAACAGAUGAUUUGGACGGGGAUGGUAGACGUCGGAGGAAACGUAAGGUUCCGAAAAGAUACAUGGAGGCGGUUCAGGGCAAAGAAUUAGAAAGAAUAUACAAAGAAGAAGGCGUAAUUGACGAAGAGGACGACGAUGAACCCGAUAAUUUUGAAGAUUCCGAGGAACAAUUGAAUAUUUCUGUUCCUGAUAGUCAGGAAGAAAUAAUUGGGCAUUUGGAAUCCGAGGAAGGGAAGGAUUUAGGAGAACUAGUGGUAGUUAAUCGAGGUAGGGGUCGAGGUCGGCCAAAAUUACGUCGUCGAAAAAAUAAAUUUACAUGUCAGUUAUGUGGCCGAGGAUUUCUUCAACGCAGUAGAUAUAUCGUGCACAAGAGUUUUCACAAAGGAAUAAGAUACGAAUGUUCAGAAUGCAAAAAGUUAUUUACAAAUAAGGAAAAUUUAGAAUUGCAUCAGAAAACAACGCAUCACACUGGGGACAGUAUGUAUCAAAAGUUAGAACAUAUUCAAGAAUCAGAUUCCGAAUCAAAACGUCAUUAUCCUGAAGAAGAACACGUAUCUAACGUACUUGAACAAACUCUGCCGGAAGAACAUGAUACAAACAGAUCAUCGGAAAAUUCCGAUUCUCAGAAAACAUUUUCAUGCGAACAAUGCGACAAAUUAUUCGAAACGAAGCAAACUUGCGAUUUACAUUUGAAAAUGGUUCACGAACGUGAUAAAUUAUUUAUUUGUACUAUUUGUAGUAAGAGUUUUACCCAACAGACAGCUUUGAAAACUCAUAUGGCCAUACACGAGAAGAAUAAACUGGAGAAAGAAUAUCCUUGUGAUAUAUGUGGAAAGAUACUUAAUCAUCCGAGUUCUGUGGUAUAUCAUAAGGAAGCGGAACACAAUAAUGGCCGACGAUUUGUUUGCAACAAAUGUGGGAAAAGUUUUAAACACAAGCAACUGUUACAACGUCAUCAACUUGUGCAUUCGGAUGAUCGACCGUACAUCUGUAAAUCUUGCAAUGCCAGUUUCAAAACAAAAGCGAAUUUAAUUAAUCAUCAAUCCACCCAUACAGGCGAAAAAAAAUAUUUUUGCGAAAUCUGUGGACAACAGUUUGCGCAUAAAACUAGUCUCACGCUCCAUUACAGGUGGCACACGGGUCAUAAACCUUAUACGUGUGAGGUAUGUCAUAAAAGUUUUUCACAAAACGGGAAUUUACAAGAGCACAUGCGGAUACAUACAGGAGAGAAACCUUAUUGUUGCGAUUAUUGUGGAAGAAAAUUUACCACCUCGUCGCAAUUUAAGCUUCACGUUAAACGACAUACCGGCGAACGUCCAUGGAAAUGUGAAUUCUGUGCAAAAUGUUUCUUGCAUAAAGAUACAUGGAAAUGCCAUGUGCGUAGACAUAAAGGAGAACGUCCGUUUCAAUGUGCUCAUUGUAAUCGCGGUUUUACAGAACAAUGGGCUUUAAAAAAACAUCUUCGUCUGCAUACGGGUGAAAAACCUUAUUCCUGUGAUGUUUGUGGGAAAACGUUUGCAGAUUGUUCGAAUUUAACGAAACAUAAAAAGCUGCUUUUAGGUACACAGAGAAACAAAAGUUUCUGCGAUAGGGGAAAUAGAAGGAUCUCCGAUUGGUGAAGUUUGGCAAAUUUUACCGAGUUCUCAGGAAUCCGAUGAACAUUCUUUAACCGAUCAAAUGGCUCAAGUUAUUACAGCGGAUGAUACAUCUGGAGAUGGUAUUCAACAAAUUAUUUAUGUAUCGUAUCAAGAUCCAGAUGAUCCUAA